UCAGUCUGACUUCAAGAGGUGGUGCUAAAAAAGACUUCAAUUUAUGGUCCGACUGGUCAGGAGGAAACAUACAGGCUAACAAGAUAAAAAAUAAGCGACUUUUUGGUUUGGGUUUUUAUUUUUUUCUUCCGGUUGUCCCAUUUUUAAGACACAUCCUUUGGUUUUUAACCCCCCGGCAGGAGUUGAGUGUGUCAGAUCCUUUCGGAAAGGUAAAGGAAACGUUGCUGUAAUUUGACACCAACCUCCGGCCCGAAAGGAAACUUCACACACUGGUUCACCAAGAUCAGCACUAUGACUGAUGGGGACUACGAUUAUCUGAUCAAGCUCCUGGCCCUUGGAGACUCAGGAGUGGGAAAGACGACAUUCCUUUACCGAUAUACUGACAACAAAUUCAAUCCCAAAUUCAUCACCACAGUAGGAAUUGACUUUCGGGAAAAGCGUGUGGUCUAUAAUAGCCGAGGACCAAAUGGAUCUCCAGGAAAAGCCUUUAAAGUCCACCUUCAACUUUGGGACACAGCAGGACAGGAAAGGUUUCGAAGCCUCACCACAGCAUUUUUCAGAGACGCCAUGGGUUUCCUAUUAAUGUUUGACCUCACCAGUCAACAGAGUUUCUUAAAUGUCAGAAACUGGAUGAGCCAACUGCAAGCUAAUGCGUACUGUGAAAAUCCGGAUAUAGUAUUAAUAGGCAACAAAGCUGACCUAUCAGAUCAGAGGGAGGUGAACGAACGACAAGCACGAGAUCUCGCAGACAAGUAUGGCCUUCCAUAUUUUGAGACAAGUGCAGCUACCGGACAAAAUGUGGAAAAGGCUGUGGACACCCUCCUGGACUUAAUAAUGAAACGUAUGGAACAGUGUGUGGACAAGACCCAAGUUCCAGAUGCUGCCAAUGGAGGAAACUCGGGGAAGCUUGAUGGAGAAAAACCAGCAGCAAAGAAGUGUGCCUGCUAGAUUUCCCUUUCAACUAAGAAUCAAGAACCCCAUGAAAAUAUUUGAUCAGAAAAUGGGUGACCAACUACUAAAUUGAUGUUUCCACAGGCCUCACAGAGCUACAUUUUUAUUUUCUUUCCCACCAGGAAACUAAUUUUUUUUAAAGAUAAUUAUCAUUGUUCCAAGGGAUCGAGGCCUCUCUGUGGUGAAACAACAAUUUUCCAACAUGUUUUCACCUUAAAGGAAAUGCAAUUUCUUUUUUGAUUUUCAUUCCAAAAGUGCUUCUCUCAGUAGCAUUGUCUGUGAGGCAGGGGGAGAAAAUGUUUGGGUCUUUUUAAUCAGAAAAAAGAACAGCAUUCACUUUUGUUGUGAGACCUAUAUAUUGAAGGUUAUCAAAUUAAGAAAAAAGAAAGCUACAUAGGAUGCAUCUGUUUCUUUUAUAGAAUCUAAUGAUUAAUACAUUGGUGUAUUUGCAUCAGAAAUAAUGUGUUAACUAAAGUGAUUUUCCAAGCAAAGAAUUUCACGUGAUGCAUUAAGAAUGACCUUACUGUAUGUACAGAGAAUAGAGUACCUGAAAGACCAAGUAAGUGAAAAGAUUACAGGGAGGGUAACUAGUCAUUAAAUUCAGGGAAUUGUGUAUUAUAACAUCCAUAUUUGUAUUAAUAGCCAGUAGGGAAGGCUCACCUGAUUUAAUCAUUUUGGUUGUAUCUAAAUAUUAAAAAUGAUUUUUACCUGCCAAGAACAAUGUCAAAUUGUAAAUCCUAAACCAUGCAUAUCCCCUCUAAUGUUUUUCAGCAUCGCAACUUUUAAAAGGACAAGAGGCCCUCUUAGUCAUAGAAUCCAGAGCUGAAUAGAGCCCAAACCCCAGACCAUUAGGUAGUAACGGAUAUCAAUAUUUAACAUCGAGUUCCCUUUUUGUUUUGGUCUUGUAAAAAGAAAAGCCCAACUGUUUGUGAUGGAGACAUGCUUGUAGAAGAAUAAUUACUGAACUGUACUGAUUCAUAAUCAUUUUUAUCUUAAACAUUUUCCCUUUCUAAAGAACUCCACAGAGUUUGUUCUUGAAAUUUGAUUUCCAGAACAUAGAGAAAUAGCCUCGCAGAACACAUGUGCCAAAAAACCACACCCCCAGCCCCUAUUUUGAUGCUAUUUCAUUAUUCCCAUCUUUGGGAAAGGGGCUUUCAUCCCUUAUAUUCCUAUUUAUACCUUUCUCCUCUUCUUCCCAUCCUACUCAGCAAAGUGCUAUUUGAAAAGGGCUUCUCCUUCCUGCUGUGCCUCAGACACACAGACGAAAGAAGAUGUUUCAAGAGUAGAGCCCAGAUCAUUUUGCGAAUUAAACACUGCUGUUUGCUGGCUUGAAUAAAGCCAUCUCUUUCCACUCUGCCCUAGUGCUUUUCACUUCUUAGCAGUUAGGAGUCUUUCCUGGAAGGCAGCUACUUGUCUGCUGCAUCUGAGAUUUAAUAGUGAUUCUCAGGUGGGCUGUGGAAUGUACCAGCUAAGCAAACUGGUGGUUCUCCCGAUUCUUUGCCAAUUCAGGUGAACUCCAGAGUGGAUCUUCUUGCUUUCAGGCCUCCUUUACUUGGUGGGAGGUUGCUUGGUGGUCUACCACAGCAAGCUCUCUCUCUAACAACGUGGAUUGUUGCCAGCCUAUGACUCAGAUACACAAUAAUGGAAGACAGAGCCAGCAGAAAUCCUGUUCUCUUCCACUGGUAGGGCAACUGCUGAUCCAGCUUUUGGGAUCUCAUUGUACAUUCUUCUUUCUGAAUUUUAGGUUGUGCUUUCUUGAUUUUCUUUCUUCCCUUUCCUGGAGAAGUCUUGAGAUGAAGCAUGAAAUGUGCCUCAGAUACUUCUGGGAUCUAAGACUUCUUCAACUAAAAUAUAUCUCAUAAAACUUGGUAAGACAGUGAGCCCUUUCUCUGAGGCUAGUAGACAGAUCCCAGUAUUUUUAAGGGCAUUAAGCAGACUUCAUUAACAUAUUUACAUAAGGGGCUGCCUGUCCAUACUUUAUGCUUUUGAUGAUUAAAGUCCAAAAUCAACUUUAAAAUCUAAAUCUACUUAGAAAAUGAGCCUAGAAGACUUAACUUUCAAAAACCUGCAAACAUUCUACUUCAUCCUAGUGAGGAAAAAAAUUGUGAUUUGACUAAAGGAAAAAAAGAAAAAUGCAAACUUUCUUCAUUAACCUGUAGGAAUACAUAUUAAUGUAUUUUUCUCCCAAUACUGCCAGAAGAUUCUGUAGGCUGUCAUCAGAUUUAUUCAUGUUGCCUCCAUGUCAGGUUCAGGAAAAAUCAAAACAAAAAAAACACCUCAUGUUUUGUCAUCUUGGGUCAAUUGACCAUAAUUGUAUGUUUCCAGGUGCUCUUUGACAAUUGAAAGGGAACCACUGGCUGUGUAUGUGCCUGAGUGUUCAUGUUUUCCGAGCUGCUACUACUAGUUUUUUGUGUGUGUGUGUGUGUGUGGUCCAAUUCAGUAAUGGAUUGUUAAUUUGGAGGAAUUCUAAUUGAUAUUCCUUUAAAGAUCCCCUUUUAAUCUAAGCACAAGAAAGAGUCUUGGCUGUUGAGUACUCAACAAAGACACUUUAUGUUAAUGGAAUAAUGUUUUCGAUAUCUAAAGUUAAUUUUAAAAUCUAAUAACAGUUUUCAAAUUAGGAGAAAAUAGCUUGUUUCAGUUUUCAAAAAUAUUUUAUGUAUUUUUAAUGGAAAUUAAAUUCCACAAAUUAAUCCCAGAGAUAUUUUUUCAAGGACAGGCAUUAGGAAGAUAGAAAUCUGACUUGUGGACACAGAAAUAUACUAAAGGUUAGAAAGUAAUGCUUGUAUUUGGCAAAAUCUCUGUGACUAGUUCUAUGAUCUGUAAAGCAAAGACAAACUUAGUUGCCUCAGAGUUGUGAAUUCUAGCAAGUAGCCUUUAGGAUAAUUUGAUGCAAGCAGUUAUCACUACUAUCAAUUCAGACAAGGUAUUAUCCAAAAUUAUAAUCCACUGAAAAUUAAAAUGUGAGAUGUUACCAUGGAGGUUUACCAAGAGAAAAGCAAUUUGCUCUACUGCUUGUAAUAAUAUUUCUGUGGAGAAGUCAAAGAUGCCUAUUGAAUAGGUAAAUUCUCAAUCAGAAUAUUGUUUGUUGAAUGGUGCCUGAUGUUUUAGAGCCAAUGAAACCAAUCAUUCCUGAAUGUAAACUCAAAGAGGAGUUGCUGUUCAUUGUACAGAGAAUUUCAGAAAAAAAAACCAAAAAACAUUCACCUUAGAAUUAUUCUAUGGAGGGCAAAUCAGUUAGAUCCUUGAAAUAUAUUGUAUGGUGAGAGAUCAAUGAAGAAACACUUGUAUUUCAGUAGGAAUUUUAGUUAUACUGUAACAAAGGGGAUAUUUAACAUAAUGAAUAUAUACACCUAAGAUGAAAAGGAUUUUUGUGCCUACUUUUGGACAAAUAUUUGUCAGCUUUUCUGAACAGUGACAGAUUUCUAUAGAACUCAGCUCAUGGAGACUUUACCAAGAGUGGGGAAAUCCUUUGAUUUUGCAUGUGGUUAUUUUGUUGUACUUUUAGAAUAUUACCAUUCCCUCUCUGCUAACACCCUGUUGAGGAACUGAAAUCUCCAGGAUUGUCCUACCAGGGCUAUUUAUUUCAAGAGAUUCCCUUCAGGAGCAGCAUGGGAGCUGAGAUAUUUUUUCUUUCACUUUUAGAACAAGCAGAAAGUCCAAACUUAGUACCUUGACGAACAACUCAAAAAGCCAAGUGGAAGUGUCCCUGAGUGGAAAUGGUCAAAGAAUCAUAUUUUCUACUUGACUUAAAUUCUGUUUUUCAGCUGCUUUCUUUUCAUAGUCCUAACAAUUGAGUUAAGGGAGGUUUGGUCUUGGAAAUAGGUAAACUGUCCACCAGAGGUGAUCACUGUAAAUUGAGUAGAUCAGGACUGUGCUUUUGAUAUAGUUCUUCUCCUUUUAAAGAUGGGUUUUUUUCAUCCCCUGUUCCUUUCAGUGACUGAGUAACUCCGAUGCUGAUCUUAUUGUCUAGGAAGCACAUCUUAGGCAGUGACAUCUUUAUGUGCAAUAGGGCUUUUGGUGUACAUAGCCUAUAAAGAGAUACCAAUUGUAUCUGAAAUUAUUUAUGGAAAUGAAAUUGUUCCGCCUUAGUUAAGUUUUUAAAAGGUAGACACCAUUUUGUUUAGAACACUGAGAUGUUUUAAUGUAUUUGAUAAUUUACCUUCAAUAGAUCCUCCAAUGUUAUGUUACUUUAAGCAUGGUUUCUUGUUUUUAUGUUUGCUUUCUAGAAUGCAGAUCUCUAGCUGUUUCAUUUAGUGCUAAAAUGUGAUUGACACAGUUAAACAUGGUAUUUUGAUUCUAUAUGCCCCAUGGCAGACUGUGGUGCCUGCCAAACACUAUGUCAUUAAUUUGUUGUACCAAAGUUUCUGUGGCUUUAAAAAAAAAAAAAAAAAGCAAAAAAAACCCUCCAAAACUAUUGUCCAAUAAUUCACUGGUGUCUGGGUUUGUAUACUAUGGUUGAGGAAUGCAUUCUGUGAUUGAGUUUCUGCACUGUUAUUUUCAAAUAAAAACUCAUUUUUAUUAGUGG